UUCAUUCAUUCUUUUUUUUUUUUUUUUUGCAUCCAAAGCAGCAAUCAUGGAUGAAGCGGACAAGAACGUCGAAAUGUGGAAGAUCAAGCGUCUGAUCAAGUCGCUUGAGACUGCCCGCGGUAACGGCACGAGCAUGAUUUCGCUCAUCAUCCCGCCCAAGGAUCAGAUUUCGCGCGUCGCAAAGAUGCUCGCAGACGAAUACGGCACGGCCUCGAACAUCAAGUCGCGUGUCAACCGUCUGUCGGUCUUGUCGGCCAUCACGUCGGUGCAGUCCAAGCUCAAAUUGUUCAACCGCGUUCCCGACAACGGCCUCGUUGUCUAUUGCGGCACCAUUGUCACGGAUGAGGGCAAGGAGAAGAAGGUUAACAUUGAUUUCGAGCCCUUCCGGCCAAUCAACACCUCGCUCUACUUGUGCGACAACAAAUUCCACACUGAGGCAUUGAAUGAUUUGCUCGCUGACGAUAGCAAGUUCGGCUUUAUCAUCAUGGACGGUAACGGCGCGCUGUUUGCGACUCUUUCGGGUAACACGCGCGACAUUAUUACAAAGUUCACUGUCGAGUUGCCAAAAAAGCAUGGUCGUGGUGGUCAAUCUGCUCUGCGUUUCGCGCGUCUGCGUGUUGAAAAGCGUCACAACUACGUCCGUCGUGUGGCUGAAGUCUCUGCCCAAUGUUUCUUGACGAACGACAAGGUGAACGUGGCCGGCAUCGUGCUUGCUGGUUCGGCCGACUUCAAGACCGAACUGUCCCAAACAGACAUGUUUGAUCCCCGUCUCAAGGACAAGAUUAUUAAGAUUGUUGACAUUUCUUAUGGUGGCGAGAACGGUUUCAACCAAGCGAUCGAGCUUGCUGCUGACGCACUCGCUAACGUCAAGUUCAUGCAAGAGAAGCGCCUCAUUCUCGCGUACUUUGACGAGAUCUCGCAAGACACUGGCAAGUACUGCUUUGGCGUGGAAGACACACUCAAGGCACUCGAGAUGGGCGCAGUGCUCACGCUCGUCGUGUGGGAAAACCUCGACACAACGCGCUAUGUUUUCAAGCUGCCAAACUCGGAGGUGGAGAAGGUUACCUUCCUCAGCCGCGAGCAAGAAAAGAACCGCGAGCACUUUGUCGACAAGGAGACUGGUGUCGAUUAUGAGAUUGCAGAGAAGAUGUCUCUCAUCGAAUGGUUUGCAAACAACUACAAGCGCUUUGGUACUACACUCGAAAUUGUCACCGACCGCUCCCAAGAAGGCUCGCAAUUCGUCAAGGGCUUUGGUGGCAUCGGCGGUAUCUUGCGGUACCGCGUCGACUUUGACGCCGACCACCCCGAUCUUGACGACGACGAUCUUGUUGAUCUCGACGACGAUGAUUACAUGUAAACGUAUUUCUAGAUGCAAGCGGGGCGUUUUUCGGAGUCUGGUCGAUGUGCUUGUUGUCUUUUUUCUUUUUUGGCGUUUGGCCUUCAUUUUUCGUCCUUUGCUUUGUUGUUGUUUCCCCUUUGUUUUUUGUUGCCUUUACCCGAAUCCCAUGCACUUUAAGUCGACAUGAAUACAUGCAUUGAUGAAAG